AUGAAUUAUGGAAUGGGUUAUUACAUAAAACCAUUGGUUCGUCAACAACGUCAUAAUAAUCCUCGUCAAAGACAACCAACACCUGCUCAUCGACAUCAAAAUAUUGAACGUCCAAAACCUCCAUCACAUUCAAUCGCUCCUUGGGAUAUAACACGAUGGGUUGAUCCAAUUCAUACUACUCAAGUUGGAAAAGGUCUAAUAUAA